GAUGGUGUAAAUGCUACUACAAGGCCUAGACUCUCACUUUCCGAACGAGCUUUCUGGACCUGCCGAGGAACAUGGAAAAGAGCUUGCAUCAACACAUUUCGAUGCCUCAUUGGAUGCACAGUCGGUGAUUUUUCUGCAUUGUGGGCACUACAAACAUAUGCACCAGAUCUCGUGACAUCCGGCCUCAGCACCUCCAUCGCCCUAGAAACAGCUCUCCUACGACUUGGCAAAGACAAUCUCCCUUUCACCACAGCAUUCAAAACAGCAAUGGGCAUGAGUUUCAUCUCCAUGCUAGCAAUGGAAACAGCAGAAAAUGCCGUAGAUUUUCAUCUCACAGGCGGAGUGGUCGCACUUCAAGACCCACGCUUUUGGGCUGCUGCGGUGGUGAGUGUGGCGGCUGGAUAUCUUGUGCCAUUGCCGUGGAAUUACUAUAGAUUGAGAAGACAUGGGAAAGCGUGUCAU